AGCUUCAAAAGGCGACCUCGUCAUCCUCUUUGAUCAUAAUAACGGUUCAUUAUGGGCAGGCUUAGAGCCAAAUCAGACUACGAAGAUCUCAGAAAGGCUCGCAUCUUAGAGAACCAGGCUCGGUUGGCUUCACUGGGUCUGCACAAGACCCUCUCCUACCUUCGAUCACUUGCAUCAGUAGCAAAAUCACAGAAAACCCCAGUCAGAAAAUACGAGAAGAAAGCGUACGGAAUCACCCCUUUGCGCCGCUCUAAUCGUUUGAAACGAGUGACAGCCUAUUCGAUUCCAACCAACAAUUCUUUGCGGCGUUCUAACCGGCUCAGAGAUAAAUCUAGAGAAGAUGGAGUUGAGAAGAAAGAUCAUCAUUCUGGCGGCCGAGGAGAUGAGAAGAGCCUUGCCAAUAUGCCGUUGGUGAAAAUAGAGGGGCAGGGUGCAAGGGAACAAUUAUCACCAGAGAUUCUGCUAGGCGCUGCAGUAGCAAAGCCAGGGGCACUGUUCGUAACCCUUAUGGGAUUUGCUGUCAUUUCUGCAGGUUACACUAUCUUAUUUUCUUCUAUUACCUUUCAUAUUUUUCAACCGAGGAGUUAGCGAGAGAGUGGACCGUUUUAAUUACUGGAAUGAUCAAACAUCAAUGGUCUAAGUUCAGUAAGAUUCAGUGGCGGGGCAAGAAAUUCAUGUUAGUGGGGGGAAAAUUAAAAGUUACAAUAUAGUAUAUCAAAUAGAAAAAUUGUCUGCAGCCUAGAUAGCAGUGGAUUGCACAACAGGAACUGUUAGAUAUUAGGGGUCCUCUCUCAUUCAAUUGCUCUUGAUUUGCAGUUCGGUGUGCAGUUCAGUCACCGGACUGCAAAACAGGAAACUCAUAUCAAAUUGUAUAAAAGUUUGGCGGCCUACUGAGUUUUUAAAAGAAAUAUUUGUGAAAUGUAAUCUAUUAUCAGAAACGGAUUGAUUUGAGCUGGAAAUUGCCAUUGUAGUCAUUUCUACUUUGGAGCUGGAAAUAACAGAAAUAUAGUUUGAGAAAUGUUGAUGAUUAAGAGGACAUACUGAUUAUUUCAAACUUGAAUUGACAAAAAGAAUUGCUUGAUUGGAUUGAAAAUCCAAAAUUUGGUAUACUAUUUAAUUUACUACUUUGAAUUUUGCCCCAUUAAACAUGAUUUCUUGGCAGCGCUACUGAAUUGAACUUAAAAACAUUUAUAUAGUUUUCAUUUUUCUGUAUUUCAUUAGAAGGCUGUUAAGUCUUUCAUCGUAAAAAAGUAGUUACCUACUU